AUGGUUGUACAAAAGCUUACCACAAGUGAUGCACUUGAAUACAUCAAGAAUGUGAAGGAUACAUUACAAGAUAAACGUGAAAUAUAUGAUGAAUUUCUUGAACUCAUGAAGGACUUCAGAGUUCAGAGGAUGCUUCAUCUCCUGAUUAUCACAAGUUCCUUAAGUUCCUUGGGACCAAUUUCAUCUUCCCUUGUUCCUUGGCUUAUAUACCAUUGCUCUUGUGUCGCGCGGUCAACUCUUGGAUGGGAAGAGCUCUAUAAAGAUGAUCCGUUCUCAGUAUUUUUUAAAGGCUCAACACUUAUUAGUGCAGCCGAUUUCAAGAUUGAUAAUCCCGCACUUGAUGCGGUAUCAAUCACGGAUGUUAGUUCACUGGUUGUGUUCUUAAUCUUCCACGGCGUCAUUCCACUACUUAUGCCAUAUGUUGUCGAGAUCCAAGGACGUCUUCACAGUGUUUGUUACUUAGGUAUAAUGACUGCUUCUAUCCUAUGCGUGUAUUUUCUUCGCUUGCCUUAUGUAGCAGCGAAAUUAGUAAUAUUGAUCGCUCCUUUAUUGGAGAGUAAGAAGAUAUAA